AUGAUUGCCAGACUGUUUUUGCUGGUGGUGGUUUAUGAUAGCCAGCGCAAGUGGAGUCUGGCUGUUCUUAUUCUGGACUCCGAUGUCGGCUCCCUUCGCCAGAAGUGUUAUCACAGCUUGAUACUAGCCUUCAUAGGCGGCUUUUCCAAGAGGCAUAAAGAGCAAGUUAUCCCAGGUCUCGAUUCUGGCUCCAUGAUUGAGCAAAUUUUUGACAAGGGCGUCAGAAUUAAGCAUAGCCGCCAAGGCAAGCGCAUUUCUCGCUGCAAGCGAUCAGGAGAGGAGUUCAAUUUUGGCAUUGUCCUGGUGUACGUUGUGGUUAAUGCCGUGGAGGCUUUGGGUGUUUAUUGGCUUGUUCGGGUGCCGAAGAGAGGAGGAGGGCUGGCGAAUCGGAAGCAAGAAGAGGGAGGGAACCGACAUCGCACAAGUCUUGCCUAA